AUGCUCCUCCAUUCAUCAGAACCGAGUCCAGCACUCCCCUUGCCCCAGCGAUACCACCCCUCCCCUCCAAUAGCCCAUCACCCACAGUCGUCUGACCCAUCGCAUCGCGUGACCUCCCAGCAACAGCAACAAUACUCGUCCAUGGCCUCAGGCUCUUCCACCGCCGGCGAGCGCAGGACCCAUCCCCCAGCUCAAACCUACUCCGCCAUGCCACCUCCCUUCACCCUCCCAUCUCAUCCGAGAACGAGCAACUCCAAAAAGCGCAAGCUUCUCUCCUCGCCUGUCCACGGUCAUGUUUCCUCACCUUCGUUCCAUUCUGAAGAGGACGAAGACGACGACGCGGAAGGAGAGGAUGAUUAUGCUCCAUCGUCCAGCACACGACCCGCUCGUCGGGCGAGGAAAACGGGUAAAGCAGAUCAUCCUAGUGCUGCUGGUGGAGUCAGUACGAAGGGCAAGGGCAAGGGGAUGUCUCGAGAGGCGUUGAGAAAGGCAAACCAUUCUUUGAUCGAGCGUCGUCGUCGGGAAAAGAUCAACGCCGCUUUAGACGAGCUGAGGGAUAUGGUGCCCGGUCUGGGCGAUAAUGGUGGAAAGGGCGGUGAGUUCAAACUUGAAGUGCUAGAAAAGACGGUGAUACAUAUGAAAGACCUCAAACGCCAACUCGUCAUGCUCGAAUCCCAGCUCGGCGUCUCCCUCCCCUCCCACACCACCUCCUCCCGCUCAAGCUCCCACCAAGCCGAAACCUCCGCCCCCGAGUUGCCCUCCCACAAAACAUCCCCCUACCCUUCCCCUUCCCCCGACAAAUCCCACGCGCCCAUCUCGCCCGACCCAAACGAGACUGAACCCGAGUCCAACCUCCCUCCUCCGCUAACUCGCGCUUCUUCUCGCCCUGUUCAGAAGAACCGUUCAACGUCGGGAGACUACCUCUCUUCCCCUCUUUUGAACCCCACAACCAAACCCCCACCCCAACCAACAUCCCGUCCCCCACCCCCCUCCACAAAGUCCAACCCCAUCUUCCUCCCUUUCCCCGCCCCAUCCCCCACCUCCCCCUUCCUCCAACCGUACUCCCACCCCCCUUCUUACGCUCACACCGACACAUCGGGGCUGAGCACCGGGACUUCUGCCACGGGGUCUACUGGGGGGAUGAGCGGGAGUGAGCCGUCGCCAUUCCUGGCGGCUACGGGGUUGAGUUUGUUUGGGGGUAUGGUGAACGUUGGGGAAUCUCCCGCGGAUUCGUUCCGUGCGCCUUCUAUCGUGCAGGGGAAGAGCGGAUCGCCCCCACAUCUCUCUCUCGAACCCCCUUCCCAAUCCCAAAGCCACUCUUCAUCCCACUCCACCCUCUCCACCAACUCCUCCACCCCCAUCCCCUCACGCCCCCCAUCCCUCUCCCCCCUCUCCUCCUUCCAACCCCCCUCCACGCACGCACCAAACCCGAACCUCUCUCCGCCCAAGGGAACUUCAGACAUGCCAGCAGAAGAAGCUGCCAACCUCUUGCUCACGUUCUCGUCCCCGGACACUUUGCGGCCUGUUGUGGACCCCCAAAUGCCCCAAGUGCAGGGCGGAGGUGUAGGAGGUGGGCCGUUGGAUGGGGGGAGAGGACGUCGGAAUACAGUGGAUGAUUUCUCUCUUGACGCAUGUGGGGGUGGAGGAGGGGUGAUGGGGCAGACGGUGAAAGCGUUGGGAGCGGGGGCGGUCAAGGCGGGCAGACAGGGUGGGGAGGUGGUAGGGAAGAGUGUGAGGGAUAUUUUGAAGCUGAGUUGA